AUGUUUCACCGCCGUCGCAAUGCUACUGUCACUCGCACCAGCAAACCAACGCUGAUGACCCGUCUCAAGGGACGCAAUGCGAGAUCGCGCACUAUCAAGACUACAACCACCACCCACCCGAACACACAUGCCACGCAUGCCACACAUGGCCACCACGGUCACCACGGUCACCAUGGACAUGGCUAUGGAGCAACGACCACCCGUACCGCACCUGCCCAUCACCACCGCCGCAAGGCAAGUCUCGGUGACAAGUUCUCGGGUGCCAUGUUGAAGUUGAAGGGGUCGUUGACACACCGUCCAGCUGUCAAGGCUGCCGGAACCCGUCGCAUGCAUGGCACGGAUGGACGUGGAAGUCGCGCUCAUCGUGUCUACUAAGUUACGCUGUACAAUGUCACGAGCUAUGAAGCAGAGUAUGGAUAUCCCUUUUUGCUUAAAUGUAUAAUAUGAUUUGAAUCCCCAUCUGGUUUGAAGUUCUUUUCCUAUG